CGUGCGCCAAGUUAAGCUCGCGGUCUACAUUCCUUGCUGUCUAUCCCAUUGCGAAAUCGGUUGCCGUUACAUCAACUCUUAAAGCGUGCCGAUCUUGAUCUUACCCACGACAGAUUUGUCGAGUCGGAUGUGCAGUUGUCACGAUCGCAGCCAACUGUAUUUUAACAGUGACCUUUGCCUCGAUCUCUGUGCAAUAAAGUUGCUGUGUCGCCGAGUAUCGCUGAGGAGUGUGCAGCUUAACGAACAAACAAUCAAAUCAAGCAUGGCUCGUGCUACUUCGUCGUCAGUUUUCAACGCUCUUCCCUUGUUGCUCGUCGCGCUCCUUGCUUGCGUCGGUGUCGCACAAGGACUGCGCUGUUACAAAUGCGGACAAUACAACGAAGGGGUCGGCAGUAUUACGCCUUGCAUCAAUUACACCGCUACACAGCUCCAGGAAUGUUCGGUCAACGCGCAGUAUUGCAUUAAAUACGUAAGCGAGGGUUCCAUCGUCCGAGACUGCGUACCUACUUGUACAGAAAAGGAGGCCUGGAGCACCAGGACGUACUGCUGCAAGGAGGACGGCUGCAACGGUGCCCUGUCGACAACUGCACCAACGAGUAUCUGGCUGUCGGCGACGGCGGCGCUCGUACUGCUCUUGUCGCGCGCGCUGCGUGGCUAAUGUCACUAAGGCCGCACCGGUGCUUUGUCCGAAAAACAGCAACACAUCCAACAACUCACCCCCAACGAACUCGCUCUUCCAACACUAAACUCACUAACCUCUCACCGAUCGUGCGGCUCUUCUUCUCCUUGCAGGCCACGGCAAUAACAGCUCAUCUCGUUUAUCUUGCCCUACAUACGACACAUUUCCAACUUCGUUAGCUCUUAUUAUAUGUUCCAAGAGUGUGCUCAAGGUUAAAUGUUUCUUUUCGGAUUUUUUUAGAAUUUCGAAGCUCCAACAUCGUCAUUGCCAAUCUCUCAUUCCAAUCGAGCCUUGAAAUAAAACAAGAGUGCGAAUCGACUGAGCGUUUGCCACUUUUGAUAGGAAUUAAUUGUACUUGACCGUAGCUACAGCAACGAAGGACAAAAAGAAGGCAGACUAAAAAAAGCAAAUUAAGAGACCGAUUCGUCUCUUAUUUCGUUUUCGUUCAAUUUUUUUAUUCGCAGCUAUCUUCUUUCUGGGACAGCUGCCACUCGCUUCGGCAAUUUCCAUUUUUGCUCUCUGGUUCGCGUGCCUCUUUUACUUUCGUCUCUGCGAGCGUACGUGCACUUUGUCUCUCUCUCUCUCUCUCUCUUUCACUUUUUCAUCCGACGCUGGCGGCGGCUGGGCAGCCCUUCUCGCGCACUGCGGACGAAUCCAAUUUAUACGAAAAAGUUAGUCCACGCCCGUGCUUUUCCAAUGUAUACGCUGACUGGAGGAUGAGUGUAAAGGCCGAAGUAUGCAGGCCAAAGUGAGAAGCUAUAGGUGAGCGGCGAAAUAUCGAAAAGAGAUACGAGGCAGGUUACAUAUCCAUCGACGAAGGGAUGGAAAGCCAGAGAGUUGAUUGGAACUAUCCACUAAAAUACAGUUGUUUGAAUUAUUUGCUACAAGAACGGUGAUCUUCGUUUUAUUCAAGGCAUAUGAUAAAUUCAAAAGAUAUUCGCCUUGCGUAUUAUGUUUUCUGACGCAAUAGAUGAACUAUUUGCAUAUUUUGAUCGGUCAAUAACAUUAAAGUGGAAUCACGAGCGCAAGUGUAAAGGAAGAGCACGAAAGAGGGCAAAGAGUACGCGCGUGCCUCUUUUUUGUCAACAAAGGAAUUUUUGUAUUAGCUGCGAUGUUAAAAGUUGAGCAACGAGGCAAAGGGCUAAGUGAAACGAGUGAGAAAGCGAGAAGACGAAGAGCGAUGUAAAGUUCUGAAGGAAAGAGAAGAGAGAGGUACGAUCUCUCACAGCAGCACACACAACGAAACCCACGUCCCGGAAGAUUCCUGGCGUUUGCAAAUGGACCAUAGCCCGUCAGCACUUAAACUCGCGCCGGUCGAUCGCACGCUAUUUGCGUCAUUGCUCGCAGGCUUUGUCGGUACACGAGAAUAUUGUACAUCGGGCUUUUUCAAUUUUCUCCUAAUAUAAUUUUUCGCCAAACCGAAUUUAUUCUUUCAGGCUUCCCUGGCAACCAAUUGAAAGAAACAAGUAGACACUUCCAAUUUAAUUGUAUAAUAUUUCGUAUCACUGGGUUUGUUGAACCAACCAGAGCUGACCUAACAACUUUCAUUGAAGAAAUAUUUCACAUUGAACGAUUGGGAGAUACAUUCGAAAGCGCCGAAAAACAUGACAAUUUGUCGAUCAGCUGGAGCGAGAUGAGCUUUUGACACUAACUGACGGUUUUAUAUGAUGCCGGUCGACGAAAUAUAUUAUGAUAAUUAAUUAAUUUAAUUAAUUGAUUAUCAAAAUUGUAACUUCUAUAUAAUUAGCACCAACACUACUAUUAAUGUACCACUAUUACAGUUAUCGUUAUCUUUAAAAAUUUAUAAAAAAAAAGAAUUUUCAAAAUCUUGUUGAAGGCAAAUGCCCCGUAUAUCUUCGGUGACGUGCUUUUUAUUUGUUAACCCUCCCUUUCCCAAAUUUUAGUGAGCUCUUCCAUAGUUGCUUGCAACUUAUUUUUAUACAUAAUAUUAUAUGUACUCGAUAAUACGUAUUGUUUUCAUUCAAUAAAUUUUAUUGCAUUCCAAAAGUGUAUACCGUUUCAAAAAGACGAAACAAAAAAAUUUUUUUAUCAUGUUAACCAAAAAACCAACAACAAAUAUCGUUCUAUAUUCUUGUUGCAUUUGAAAACUACUAUCUUAUCGUCGGCACAUUGAAAUAUAUAAUCUUACUAAACUGUAUUUGUGAUAUUAAACUAACGUUGUUUCUUUAAUAUAUAUAUACAUACAUAUAUAUAUAUAUAUAUACAUUAAAAACGCGUUUAAUAAUCAUUUAUCGACAAAUGUAAUUCUUUAUACAAAUACACCUAUAUUUGAAAAGAUAAAUUAUUAUUAAAUUACUCGGAAGAUUAAGUAUUGUUGAUCUCAGUGUACACUGACAAAAUACAUUGUUUUCUGUAGGCUAAAUAUUUGCGAUGAUAAAAACAGCUCGUUCAAUACCCGAAUACUAUUGAGAAUUUUAUACGACAGUCAUCAUUUCAAUACUCAAUGGUGAUAGAAUAUUACAGUCCAUGAAUUCGAUUUAAUUAAGUUGCAUAUUUUCUUAAAAAAAAUAAAAUAAUAAAGCAUAUAAAGUUAAGAUCAAAUGCUGAUGAUGCUUACGGAACGUGAAAUUAUUUAGUUUAUAAUUACAAGCGAUAUAUAAAGUGCAUUGAGACGUUUACAUUGAAAUCUAAGUACUCUGAUAGUAUUCAUUCGGUAUAAAAAAUAUCAUCAAAAUGACCAUGAUGUAAAUAUAUGCAUAUUUUUACAAAACUACAGCAUUAAUAUCCGAUUCAUUAUGCAGGUCGUAUUGUUAUGAGGAUGACAUCGCAUUUUACAACUGGCCAGUCACUGGGGGCAUUUACCUUAGUAGAAAAUAUUAAAAUUAAGAUAUAUACAUAUAUAUAUAAACAAACUACCUGGAAAUAAAAUUAACUAAGAAUUAUGUCAUUGCUGCGACUGCAAUUUUAAAUACGUACAUAAAUAUAUAAUGGAUGAAUAAUCAUUUAAAAAAUAGCCAAUCAAGCGGAGUACAACUAAUCUACAUAUAUAUGUUCAUUUUAUCCACGAGAUUUACCAAAGAUCGAAAUUUAUAAUACUGAACAUCUCUACAUUAGAGCUUGUAGUCUCACGUUAAGUUUCACUGUUAAAAUAAAAGGUAUAUUACAAAAUUUUGCAUCUAUUGAAUGCAAAUUUAAAUAAUAAUAGAGAAAACAAUGAAGAGUUAUCUAAUUAUUGAAAAAGUAGUGCUUUCUGUCUAUUCUCAUGGCGAAUGAAUACAAUAUAAAAAUAUAUGAGAUAAAAAAGGUCGCUAUAAUAAAAAAAUUAAUAUAUAGAUAAGACUUUUGUGAGAAACGUACGAUCGUAGUUUGCAUUUCUUACAUUCACGUGCGAUAUGAAAAUUCUAGUUUCAAGUAAAAAGUACCGUGAAGUGAACACAAGAUUCUUCUAGAUAUAUAUAUUACGAAAAGUCAUAAACGAUAAAGAUGAGCAUCCAAACGAUUUGACUUUUAUGACAUGAACAAAUGACAUCGAGCAAAACUUCUGUAGCAAGCCUCCGCGUAAAAUCAUCUGGAUAGGAAAUAAAACACAAAGAUUACGUUUGGAAAAAAUGCUCUGAUUUCUCAUUGAAUAUCAAUAUACGCAUGGAACUAGCAAAAUACUUGCCUCGAAAUUCAUGGUAUUGUACCGUAGAAACAAAUAAAAGUCGUAUUAGAUUCUCUCAUGAUAAACAGUAGGAAAUCUCAGAGUAUGGUGGUCGUCAAAUUGAACGUAAGCCCUCUGGAGAAGAAAUUUUGUUGACUUUUUUCUUAAACGAAAUGAAAAUUGUCAUUAAAAAUUCAUUUGACUAUAGACAUCGCGAGUGAAAAUCUGAACGAGCAAGGGCACAAUCGUCUCAGUAAAUUUAAUACAAUGAAUACUAAAAAAAGCGAACGCAGUUAUUACGAGCAAUUUGAUGGCUGUGACGCAGAUUGGAUGGCAAUGCGCACCUAUCACCGUACUGUUCUUAUGUCUGCUAUGUAACUGAUAAUGUGCGUUGAAAAAUAAUAUUUACAACUAAUCUUACAUACUUGUUAUUAAAGAGUCGCUGAUAUGUUUAAUAACGAAAGAAUAUAAUAUUAAAUAAGCGUACCGCAUAUAUCGAACGAAAAAACUUAAAUGCAACAAAAUCAAGGUCCGAUUUAACGACUUAUGUGCUUCUUAGGCCAAGGCAAAACAGAGAAAAAGCAACUCACUCACCUUCGCGCCUCGUUAAUCGAUUAAACUUUAAUAUACAUUAGCUUAUACCAAAGCACAUCAAAGCAGAACAUUUUUAAAGCGGAAGAGUGGAAAACACGCGCGUUUGUGCGAAUGUGUGGAAACGUAUGAGUGUGAGCAAGAGAGUGCGCGAGCGCGAAGAAAAGAAUUGAAAAAAAAAGAGAAAAAAGAAACGGAGCAAAAAUAACGUAUACACACAUCACAAAAAGGCGUAGGAGCAUGAGAGUCUGUGUGUGUUUGUGUGCACGUGAAGGAGCAAAUUGAUGACGCAGUGCACUCGAAAUCGUCGGCGACCUGCAAAAAAAAUAACAAACCCCAUUCGUCGAUUUUUCAUUUGACUAUCGCCUCUCUCUCUCUUUCUCUCUCUCUCUCUCUCUCUUUCUCUUUCUCUCUUUAAAAGCCUUCAAGGAUGCACACAAAUAACAAACGAACAUCUUAUUGUGUUAUCGUGGGAGGUCAUCAUGAAAUUUUACGUUUUUUUACCAAAGAUUACUUGUACUUGAUAUUUUUCACUUAGUCGAACGCGAUCUCAACAAUAGAUUAUCCGCUUCUCUUCUUUGCUUCGUAAGCGUGACCUAAAAAAAUACUGAUAUCGUGCGUCGUGUUGAUCUUCUUCGCGCAAAAGUUUGUCGGGAAGUAGUCAGUUGCGGGGCGUUGUCGAUUGCCAACUCUGAUCUUUAUCGUCCCGUUCGAGCAUUGUUAGCUUCAGUAAACGUAAUGUUGUCUAUUUACACGUGAGUAUAUUAUAGAAACGAGCAGAAAAAUCGAAUCGUGAGACGUAUAGCCGCACUUGUGCAAAAAGCGAUAAACAAGCAGGCGACAACAACAAAUAAUUUACAAAUUUAAUGUAUGAGGAGUUGUACAUUUAUAAUAGACACGCAAUAAUAAAAAUG